AUGGUCCGACAAGCCAGAAACCCAAGAAGCAUUUGUGCAGUGGUACCGAGAAUUGGAACCGGAAUAUGGAGACAUUUAGAAAAUGGCUGGGAUUUACGAUUUGCUGAAGUUUUGCACCAUAGGGCUUGGGAAAAGCUGGGAUUUGGUGGAGGCCGUGCUGGGUUUCUAGAGUGGUGUGCCUACCAUUGCAGCCGUAGCUGUGAAUGGUAUGUGUUUCCUGGUAAAUCUUUCCAGAUGACUAUGGAUUGGUAUCAUGUAGCUGGUAGAUUGGCUGCUGGAAUUCAAAUGAAUCUUGCGGAAGCUGCUCUAGCAAUGCUUUAUCAUUGUUUGCAUGAAGCUAGGCAUAAUCCUGGUUCAACUCUAUGUGGUCCUGUUUGGUUAUUGCAUUUCUUGUUGUAUAUGUAUUUUCCUAGCUUGAAACCAGAAGGGAUUUUUCCUGUUGAUAAUGGAAAACCGUUGUGUCUGGGGAAGCAGAAAGUGGAUGGUGGGAUAAUGUUGGUACAUUUGGCUUCACAUCAGUAUGGAGCCAUCUGCUGUCAGCAAGGAACAUCUUCUAUGAUUUCCUUUACUGGUGGUCAGAAAGGCAAGAAAACCGCUGCUGUUGCAGGAGGCAAAGCUAAACCAACCGUUGCAAAAGAAGUACCAACCUCAAGUUGCCGGUCCAACAGGAUAACUGGACAAACGCGUGCUAAAAGUGAAGCUAGUAUUAAGGACCACACGGUUACUGUCCAUAGUAGUGAGGAAGACUCUGACAGUCAAGAAAGUGAGAAAGGUUCUGUUGCAAUUGGUGAAAGCAGUAUUGCCAAGAAGGCAAUGUCAGAGACUGGCGGGUCCAAGAGUAAGAAAAGAUUGAAGACUGCCAGUUCAUCUACUCAACUGAAUUCUGCAAAGAAAGCCCCUCCAUCUGUUGCAGCUCCGAUGGCCCGUCUGGAACAAACUAAAGCAGCAGCCUAUGUGAAAGUAGACGGGGCGUCCAGUUCCUCUGAUAUCCCAUUAGGUGUUUGCCUACUACAGAUUACUGAGAUGUUCUAG